AAUUUGGAUUUGUGUAUUCCAGAAUGUUGAACUAGAAGUCACUUUACUAGUAAUAAGUUAGGUUGACUAUUUGAAAUCAUGAAAGUUUCACAUCUAUGUGGUAUGAUGUGGAAAAGACUUGCCAAAGGAAGUACAUGUCUUCAAUCAUAUUGUUGCAGUAUUGCCGGUUCGCAUUCACGGCAAAACCAUGUUGCACUUUUAGGAGACACAUUUCACCCAAAGACUAAUUGUACUAGAAAUACACACACAAGUUGUCCUAGGUGGUUACAGCUAAAAAAUGAACAAACAUUUGAAGAAUGGCAAAAAGAUUACUUUAUUAAUUUCUAUGAAAAUAAAAAAGCUAUUGCUCAAAAGGGCAUUAAUCAUCACCCUGUGAAUGUUCUAACUUUACGUGAAUUUUUUGUUGUACUCGUAAAAGACAAAUCAGAUUUUGCUAUACCAAGUGAUUGGCAAGAUGACGAAGAAAUAUUUGCUCAUCCUGACGUUCUUGCGACAAAUCACGUACGACGAGGAAUUAAACCAUUGAUUAUAUAUAACAGGUACAAUACGGUGGAGGAAUGGGAAAGAAACUUAGGACAAUUUAUUGAUGAGUUCGUUUCACGAAGCUUAGUGCUUGCCUCAACAAUGGGGUUUGUUACUUUAUCUCAGCUUGAAGAAACAAAGAUUGAUCAGAGUAUAAAUCACGAAGAAUUUCUUACAACCCCGCUUGCUGAAUCCUUCAUCGACUAUAUUUUAAAUGAAGAGAGGAAUAUUCCACAUUGUCAGAGAGCGUUGGUGAUAUACAUGAAACAUUGUAAUAACGUUCCGAAUGGCGGGGAGCUUGGAGAAAAAAUAUAUGGGAGAGCCAGAGAGAAAAUACCAUUGUUUGGUAUUGAUUUUAUGACGUUUUGUUCAUCCACACAUAUCCUCGGUGAAACAAAAUAUCGGGAAGAUGUAUUGAAGUUUAAUAAGUUAUUGUCUGCCAUUAAAUGCAAACGGAAUCUUUUUAUUGAAAAAGAAGUUGAAAUUGCAUUAUAUGACAACAACGUGGAGCAAGCUGUUCGACUUUUAGGAAUAAUAUUUAAAAAUCCUAAAGAAUAUCUUGCCAAACGUAGUGGAGUUUUAGAUACAGUCAUCAACUCUCUUUUCAGCAAGUUAAGGUAUGAGCAAGAUCCUGAAAAUUGGGAACGAAAUAAAGAAAUAAUAGAAACAUUUCUCAUUUUACUUCGAAACUGCGGUCUAUUUCCUGGCAGUAAGACUGCUGCACUACAUAUUGGAGAAUGGUUUACCAGCAUUCCAGAUGAAAAAUGGGAUUAUAAGUUGAUACAUAAUGAUCGAAUACGAAAUCGUCAAUGCCCCUUCACAAAGGUUUAUUUGGAUGAAAAGGUGUUAAGGGAUGAAGAAUAUGAACAUUUAAGAAAAGUUGUGAUGAUGAGUAUUCUUAAAAAAGAAUCUAAUCAAGGCGAACUCAGGUCAUUUUUUUCCACAAUUUAUGAUAACGGCCCAUUUGAUAUUGUUGUUGAUGGGUUGAAUCUCGUUUACGGCCUUCGUUCAAGAAUGAGAAACGUACCAAGUGGAAGCGAAGUGGAACGAUUGACUGUAGCUUGGCUUCGGAAUUUUGUUCAACAAAGAGAACAUGAUUCUGGAAAAAAAUUGAAUGUUUUGGUCGUAUCUCGAGAUCAUAUGGCUAAACAUGCAAAUAUGUAUCAAGACUUUGCUACAACAUGGCUUGCUAGUAAUGAUUCAAAUGAUGAUCCAUUUUUCUUGUAUGCCGCUCUGAUAAGUGGGAGGAAUUGUAAAUUACUCACUCUCGACCUUUUGAAAGAUGUUCAUUAUAAAAUCACUCAGAAUUUCGACUACAUGACUGUGAAGCUAAUUUACAAAUGGCAACAAAUACAUCAAGAUCUUGUGAUCCUUCGAAAAAGUACUGGAAUGCGAAGACAAGAAUAUGACGUUUCAAUACAGAGAACACCAGACACAUUGCAUAUUCCCUUUUUUGGAUCAGAAUCAACUAGCCCUGCUCCAACCGAUUGGUUGUGCUUGAAAAAGUUAUCAUGAAUGCAAAUCAACGCUUUACUACCGGUAUGUUGAUUCCUAGAUGAAAAAAAUGCGGAGACGGCAUCCAUUCAUUAUUGGACAUUUAAUACAUCAAACAUCUUUUGAA